AGUAGCAAACAGGAAGCGUCACCGUCUUGUUUUUGACGCCUCAGAACAUUUGUCUGCUGAUAAAGAAUGUUUUUACUCGGACUAAUCCUGAUCCUUGUGCUUCACCUUGAAGGGGUCAGUGGUGAUGAUUCCGUGUCUCUGUACCACUCGUCAGGACAAAAUGUGACUCUGGUCUGUGCUCAGCUUUCACAUUUUGGUCCAACAUGUUCUGGUAUAAACUGGCUUUUCAACAAAGAUGUCACUCAUACUUUUGAAGAGGUAAAGAAUGGAAAAGUGUCACUGAGCUCACAGCGAGCAGCCAGGCUCCAUGUGGACAAAGACUGCUCUCUGAUCAUCAGCAACAUCACUGAUGAGGACGCUGGCUACUACACAUGUCGGGUUGGAGACAGAGAUUCUUCGGACAAACGGGUCUACGUCAGCGUUCUGACCAUCUCGACGUCUCCAUCGGAUGCUGAUCCAGUGAGGGACAGUGAGGUCGUAUUGGAGUGUUCUCUGGUCAGAUCCACAGACCUCAGACUCUGUGCAGAGAACACCGUCCUCUGGCAGGAUGAAGGAGGCCGCGUUCUGUUGGAUAAAGGUGAUGGAUACGAGUUCUUACGACGGACCAACUGUGUGUCUUUACUGAAAGUGAAGCGUCAGAGCGACCGCAACAGGAAGUACACCUGUAAGGUGACGGACGACAAGAACAACCAGCUCAUAUCAGCCGACUACACACCCAUCUUCACAGAUACCGAAAAGUUGCAUCCUUCCCCUAACAUUGUCUGCAGUCAGGAGGAGCCUGAAGAAGGUCUGACUUAUAUCACCUACACGGACAACAAUAAAAAAGCUUCUCCUCGCCUUCAGGUGACUGAGGAGGAAGUGACUUAUUCUGCAGUCAAGAGGUCUUCAUAAAGCAGAAUAAUUACUGCAUGCAAUCACAUAUGUUGUCAGUGUGUGUGUGUGUGUGUGUGUGUGUGUGUGUGUGUGUGUGUGUGUGUGUGUGUGUGUGUGCGCACACACACGUGAGCGUGUGUGUUUGAAAUGUUACUAAGGUGUAAUUUGAAACACCAUCCUUGAUUUAAACAAUCAACUGAUCACUGUCAUAUAGUCUGAGAUGAUAAAUUGUGGUUGGGUGACAUGUUUGAAACUGGACCUGGACCACAUCAUGGAUUAAACAUUGUCAGAUAAAUAAAGGAUAAAUCCUAAUUUAAAUCCCAUGGGUUUAUUUGCUGCAUUA